ACCGAAAGAACCAAAGAAGAUGAAUCAUUGCAGUCACGAAAGCUUUAAAUCGAAAUUUAAGUUGCUAUAAGCCGCGAGGCUACGUGCUCUGCAUCAGACGACGGUGCAGAAACAGACGUACAUUGUUGUGCCGUGCUAUGUCCCGGCGUCUAUGCACCCCGGCAUUUUUCCAUUCGUGGUAAAGUAUCGUUGAAUAGCCCCCAUGAGCCUCUCAGCGUGGGGUGGCCCUCAUCCAAGAAUGGAUCGACAUAAGGGCAGUAUGUAUGUAUGUAUACGUCCGCGUGAAUCUAUGUAUUGCAUCGAAGGGCUAUGCGAAUAUUCAACCUCGGUUAAGACUUGAAGUCAUAUCACAGAACCCAAUGCCCUCCUCUAUCACAGUGCUGGGCAAGGGGAAUAAGGCAGGGUGCCCUCUACUGAGGACAUUUGGCCACUUGUCCACACUGGUAUUGUCUCUCCAUCGGCUGUUGUGAUCAUCAUCAUAAGCCAUGUUCAAUCCACUGCUGGAUGAAAGCCACCACCACCACCACUCACGAUCUUAGCGAUGUAAUAACCCACCAAUAACCCGUACAAUUAUUUAUUUCAUCGCUCCAUCUCAUGUGUGGCGUGCCGGGAACAGACAUCAUUUUUGGAUGUAGUCAUAGCAGGGCCAACGUCCCGCAAAAUGUUUGUAAACCCGGCACACCUCAUCAGCCAUACACACCAUUUGUGCCUGUGGGCACUAGUUACGAUGCCACCUACUCCAUCCAAUCUGGCAACGACCCAGGACGUGUUCAGUGAAAAUGUAAGCCCUGAGCAGUGGCAAUAGCCGCGGCUCGCGCAAGGUACUGAAUUGGACAGAGACACAAACCCCGCUUAGGUCCCGAGAUGGGGAUGAGAAGAGGCUUGAGAUAGGCGAGGGUCAGGGCGAGGAUUACGUCCGUGUGAGGUGGAAAGCCCUCGUGGCGCUUAUAACAGUAAGCCCCGAUGGCGGAAUAAGAGCUGGGACCCUCCCUGGGGAAUUAAAAGUCACGCGGCUCAGUAAUAUUUCACUUCCGUGGACACAUUGAUCAAGAUUGAGGCGCGGAGUUCGUGCGGGUAUGCAUGUGAUGAUUGAUUGCGCUUUUUACAAGUACGGUCUAUCUCGUGCUCAUGUGUGGUUAGCAUAUUGCUCGCGCUAUUCGCCCGGUUCUCUGUGUAGCGAUACACGGUUGUGGCGCUGACCCAUUCGGUGCCCGUAUAAAUAUAGAUUUUCUCCCCACUUCUCCCCCCUCCCCUCCCCCCUUCAAUUCGUAUAGACUCCCCGUGGAAGAGAUAUAGAGAUCGGGAUUUGGCGAGAUGUGAGAAAUGCGGCAUGAAGAAGAUACAGGUGUAAAUGAGAUGUCAGGAAGAGUGAUACAGAUGAGACAAAAAUAACAGUAAAUCGAAAGAUGUAAACAAGAGACAGAGAUAUGCUAAGAUGAGGCGAUAUUUGCAAACAAGAUAGAGAAAGAUGAAGAUAAAUUGUUUUUCAUUCAUGUUUAUUGAGAUCUGAAUUCGAGCCGCUAUUUAGUGCAUCCCUAUCGUUUCAUUUGUCUGGGGACCCACGCGCCGUUUGGGUCGCUUGGGAUGUUUCUUUGCCUCGUGCCACCCCUGGCGGGAGAUUCCGGCAGCGUGGGGUCUCGCCUGAAUGCGGGUGGCCUCCGGACAUAUGGCCCAGUCCUACUACAGACGCGCGGGCGCGAGCGAGCAACGCCGCGACCGCAUCCCCCUGCGAAUUGUGCGCGCCGAGGCGGGCCUCUCACCGGCCGAGCGGGCCUUCCUGGCGGCCGUCGAGAGCGGCGACUACUGCACGGUGAAGCGGGCGCUGGACGACGUGUCGGUCUACGGCCACAUCGACGUGAACUGCCUGGACCCGCUGGGGCGCAGCGCGCUCCUGCUCGCCAUCGACAACGACAACCUGGAGAUCGUCGAGCUGCUGCUGAGCUACAAGCUGUCGGCGUGGGACGCGCUCCUGCACGCCAUCCGCAAGGAGGCGAUAGGCGCCGUGCAGCUGCUGCUGGACCACAUCAAGUGCGUGCCGCAGCAGGAACGGCUAUUUUGGAGUCUGCUUGGGGCAAGAAGGACAGGAGCUGCAGACAUCCUGGUGGUCCCGGAGUUCGCCGAGGGUCACUCGUCCGAGUUCACGCCCGACAUGACGCCCAUCAUCCUGGCGGCGCACACCAACAACUACGAGCUCAUCAAGCUGCUGCUGACGCGCGGCGUCUCGGUGCCCCGGCCGCACGCCGUGCGCUGCGCCUGCCUGCAGUGCGCCGCCGGCUCGGAGGCCGACGGCCUGCGGCACUCGCGCUCGCGCCUCGCGGUGUACCGAGCCCUCGCCAGCCCGUGCCUGGUGGCGCUGGCUAGCGAGGACCCCUUCCUCACGGCGUUCACGCUGAGCUGCGAGCUGUGCGAGCUGAGCCGCGUGGAGAACGAGUUCAAGGCCGAGUACGAGGAGCUGUCGCAACAGUGCAAGCAGUUCGCCAAGGAGCUGCUCGACCAGACGCGCAGCACGCGCGAGCUGGAGAUCGUGCUCAACUACAAGGAGGAGAGCGACGGCGCGCCCGAGGCGCCGGACGCCUUCAACCUCGAGAGGCUCAAACUCGCCAUCAAGUACCACCAGAAGGAGUUCGUCGCGCAGCCCAACUGCCAGCAGCUGCUGGCGUCGCUGUGGUACGACGGCUUCCCCGGCUGGCGGCGCCGCCACUGGGCCGUGAAGCUCGUGACGUGCGCCACGCUGGGCCUACUCUUCCCGCUCUUCUCCGUGUGCUACCUGCUCGCACCGCGCAGCCGCAUGGCCUUCUUCCUGAGGAAGCCCUUCAUCAAGUUCAUCUGCCACACGGCGUCGUACCUCACCUUCCUCUUCCUGCUGCUUCUCGCGUCGCAGCAGAUCGCGCGCACCGACCCCAACAUGCAGGGCCCGUCCCCGACGCUCGUCGAGUGGAUGAUCCUGCCCUGGAUAUUAGGAUUGAUCUGGGCUGAGAUCAAGCAGAUGUGGGAUGGCGGCUUCUCGGAGUACGUGCACGACUGGUGGAACUUGAUGGACUUUGUCAUGAACUCCCUCUAUCUCGCCACCAUCUCACUCAAGCUCGUGGCGUACCUGAAAUACAGCGGCUCGAAGGCGCGCGAGCAGUGGGAGAUGUGGCACCCGACGCUCGUCGCGGAGGCCCUCUUCGCCAUCGCCAACAUCUUCAGCUCGCUGCGCCUCAUCUCGCUCUUCACGGCCAACUCGCACCUGGGGCCGCUGCAGAUCUCGCUGGGCCGCAUGCUCCUCGACAUCCUCAAGUUCCUCUUCAUCUACUGCCUCGUGCUGCUCGCCUUCGCCAACGGCCUCAACCAGCUGUACUUCUACUACGAGACGUCCGCCGGGCAGGGGAAUGACACCUGCAAGGGCAUCCGCUGCGAGAAGCAGAACAACGCCUUCUCAACGCUGUUUGAGACGCUGCAGUCGCUCUUCUGGUCGAUCUUCGGGCUCAUCAACCUGUACGUGACCAACGUGCGCGCGCCCCACGAGUUCACCGAGUUCGUGGGCGCCACCAUGUUCGGCACAUACAACAUCAUCUCGCUCGUGGUGCUGCUCAACAUGCUCAUCGCGAUGAUGAACAACUCCUACCAGCUCAUCGCGCCGCGCCGGAAGAUCGAACCGGCGACCUCUGGAUUGCAAGUCCAGUGUGCUAACCAUUACACCACGGCAGCAUCCCGUGACCACGCUGACAUCGAGUGGAAGUUUGCGCGGACCAAGCUGUGGAUGAGCUACUUCGAGGAGGGUGCCACUCUGCCGCCCCCCUUCAACAUCGUGCCAAGCCCCAAGUCGGCGUGGUACCUGUGCCGCUACGUGCGCGCUUGCAUCUGCCCGUGCGGCCCCGGCACGGCUGGCGAGCCAAUCAGGAAGCAUCGCAAGUUCGGCGCCAUCGGGAAGAAGACUUCAGACAACUUAAGAAGAACUCAUGAAUAUCAGGAGGUCAUCAAGAACCUCGUUAAGCGCUACGUGGCAGCGAUGGUCAGGAACGAGAGGUCCGGGGAGAGCCUGGUCGAGGAUAGCUUCAAGGAGCUAAAGCAGGACAUCUCGAGCUUCCGCUACGAGGUCAUGAGCAUGCUCGACGCGGCUUCCCAGCGGCGAGGCUCGUCCGUUGACACCUCGCAGAUUUCCACGACGCCCGACAAGAGCAGCCCCGAGACUGACACGUGCUUCCCACGCGGCGGGGCGGAGGGCGGCGCCCGCGCCAGCCUGGCGGACGACUCUGACCUCGGAGGCGGCGCUGCGGGCCACGCGCCCCAGCGAGACGGAGGCCACCCGCCCCACGGCUGCCCGUUCGACGUCACUCCGCGCCCCCCGCAGACAGACGAUGCCGGCGGCGGCGGCGGCGGCGAGCGGCGCGAGCCGGCCGAGGCACGCGACGCGCGCCGGCCCGAAUUCUUGAUCCCCACGCAGGCGGAGACCUGGGACGCGCUCUCCUUCGGCCACGGGAGCAACGGCGUGCUCAUAUCGGACGGGAUCGGCGGCUUCGGCGGGACGUGCGUGAACGGGGUCGGCGGGCGGCUCAACAGGCACCUGCCGCGGCCCGGCGGCCGCUUCCUCGGCAAGCUGGAGCUGCUGCCCCGGCGCAACGUGCGGCGCAUCCGCUCGCUGUCCGAGAGCGUGGCGCGGCGGCGCGGAGGGAGCGGCCUCCGGCAGGCGGGCGUGCAGCCCGCCGCGGCACCGCCGCCUCGGCGCAAGCGCCGGUUCCGCUUCGGCUUCUAUUCGCCGUCGCACCUCGCGGGCGCGGAGGUUCCCGGGUGCUCGUCGUCGCGCGGCGGCGGCGCCGCCGCCGCCGCCGGUCGCUGCUCCGUCGCCUCGGCCGCCGGGCCCCCGUGUCGCGCGACGGCCGCGGACUGCGCGGCGGCGUCCUCUAGCGCGUCGAUGGUGGCGGACGAGAGGGGAGACGAGGCGUCGCAGGGGUCGUUGGAGAGGCUCGCCUGCGUCUUCAGCCCGGAGUCGUCGCGGUUCGACUUCGCCAACGUGGUGUUCGAGCACGGAGAGGAGGAGGAGGAGGAGGAGGACGCGGUGUUUGGGGAUGGACCGUGGCACGGCAUGUCGGGGCCCUACGUGACAACUCGACUCUGAUCUCGCUGGCUCGCUCGUAGUUUGGUUUUUUUGUUCUUUGUUUUUUUUCGAGCCGCUUGUACUUGCCAUUUUAUUGAUGAUUUUGAAAAAAUAUAUUUACAUCAAUAGCAACAACAACAACAACAAAGAGGUGAACUUUACAGCUCUGGAGAUGGAAGAUUCAAAACCGAUUAAGUUUUGUCCGAGGAAGCUGCUUCUUCUGAACUGGGACUGCGGCAGAAGUUGUGGAUUCUCUUGCUCCGAUAAAAAAAAAAUGUUAUGUUGUUCAAGCUCCUGAGAAGAUACGUGUUUGAAAGAAAAUAGUAAAGAAACUUUUUAAAAAAUUAAGAUGCUGAGGGCAGGGAGUACUUUUGAAAUACUGAUAAACUGCACACGUUUUAUGUGGACGCUGCGUCACAUGGCAUCUAAGAGAUGAAUUUGUUCACACAUGUAGAUGCUUGCAACUUUACAAGACGCCAAAACUCGUAGGAGUUAAAGCUAAAUAAUCCCAGUUCUGCUCGUUGUGUUUGAUUCAAAGACAAAUUUCAAAUCUACUUCAGGAGCCAACGCUUUGGUGGAAGCUGCAAGCGAAGCUAGUUUGAUUUUUGGAUCAAAGUGAGACCUUGAGCAUAUAUCAUGUGCUGCUGCAAGCUGCCGUUGGUUUCCAGCUUCAAGGCUGCAUUCUGCAACGAAAUUGGAAGCCAUUCCUUCCAAGAUCACAAUCUCUUGACAUUGAGGAUGCAUUUGCAGGGAGGUCUGCAGCCUCGUGAUUGGCUGCUCACGGUCACCUGAUCACUUAUCUGACAAGACUGCACCAUGAUGGUCAAGUCUGUCCGUGGCCCCCAAAUGGAAAAUAAUAAAUGUAGUUUUUUUUCUUCAACUUUUACCAAUGAUUAUAUUUGUAAGUCAUAUUCCAAUAAUGUACGAGUAUAGUUUAAGUUGGGUUUUUUUUAAUAUAUAUUUUUUGCCUGUUAAAGCUUGUGUUUUAAAUGUUUUACUAUAAUGGCUCCCAGUAAACAUGGAACGUUGGUUGAACAUUGGUCCAACUCUCCUCCUAAUCGCAUUCUAACGUUGCCCCAACGUUGCUUUGUUUACUGCGUAGUUGAUGAACCCCCACCCCCUCCCGUGUGCCCUUGUACAUCGUCAUGGCGACAGAUGGAGGCGACGAUGUCUCACGCCAAUUAGCAAGGCCUGUAAAUUUGCAUCCCGCUGUUUUCUGUUUUGGUUGCAAGGGAAAAAAAAACAGAAACACGCAUCCUGCCGCAAAUGUAUCUACGGUGUUCGGAGACCUUGAGGCCAAAGUUCCACACUCCACGCGUGACUUUAAGAGCACCGCGCAGCAUAUAAUCCUUCUGCUAAUCAUGCCAAACGGAUUGGCAAUAUGCGCAUAUGAGAAGCACUGAGGCCAUGCGGCCUUGCACGCACUUUUAGCAAGAGGAUGUAGCGUCGACGUACCCGCUGUAUUUGGAAUAGACUGCAUAGGUAUGUGUAGAGAGCCACUAUGCAUUGUAUACAAAGCAUACACUGGAUUCUAUAUCUUUGCCAAUGUACUAUUGAAACGAGGAAAAUCAACAAAACGCCGUGUUACGUAAUUAAUGCAGCAGCCGACGACACUACGAACUGUUAUAUUGCAGUGUAAUAAACAUACGGAUGUAAUCGUUAA